AUGUUCGUCGAAGAAGCAGAGCUCAAGUCACAUGAGGCGCUUCAUUCCGAAGUGAAAACAUUCUCUUGUGAACACUGCGAAGCAACAUUCGUCGAAGAAGCAGAGUUCAAGUCACACUUGACGCUUCACUCCAAAGACAGAACCUACUCGUGUGAGUACUGCAAAAGGAUUUUCACCCGGAGGAGCAAACUGACGAUACACUUACGACAACACACGGGAGAAAACCCGUUCUCGUGCGACCGUUGCGACAAGACGUUCCCCAGCAAAUCCAGCCUGACCUCGCACGUGAGAACGCACACGGGGGAGAAGCCAUUUUCCUGCGACUCGUGCGAGAAGACCUUCAGCAGCAGGAGGAACCUGACCUCACACGUGAGGCUUCACACGGGCGAGACACCAUUCGCCUGCGUCAGCUGCGGGAAGGCUUUCCGCUCGAGCUUCUGCCUGCAGAGACACCUGAAGACGCACGUGGACAAGGAAGCGUUCACGUGCGAGCUCUGCGGGAAGUCGUUCGUGCACAAAUGGAGCUGGACGAUGCAUUUGAGGGCCCACACGGAAAAGCAGACUCACGCCUGCGAGGUCUGCGGGAAGGCCUUCAGCCAAGCGGGGACUCUCAACUCGCACAUGAGGCUGCACACGGGGGAAGGGCUGCUGUCCUGCGAGUUCUGCCAGAAGCAGUUCGUCUACCGCAAGCUCCUGGACGAGCACAGGAGGGCCCACACGGGGGAGAAGCCCUUCGCCUGCAACAGCUGCAGCAAGUCGUUCUCGGUGGCUUCGCAGCUGAAGAGGCACUUGCUCAUGCACAUGGGCGUGAAGCCGCACUCGUGCGAGUCCUGCGACAAGAAGUUCAGCACGCUCAGCGGCCUGAAGGAACACAGGAGGCAGCACACGGGGGAGAGGCCCUACACUUGCGCCUUCUGCGGGAAGACCUUCACUCUGGGCUCCGGUCUGCGGCAGCACUUGAGGAUUCACACCGGGGAGAGGCCCCAUUCGUGUCAGUUCUGCGAAAAAGCGUUCCAAGAUACUUCCCGCCUAAAAAAGCACAUGAGAGUCCACGCCAGAGAACGGCCUCAGGCCGCUGAUGUCGGAUCGAGCGUGACGGAGGACAGCUAA